AAAUCCCAAAACCGGAAGUGGUGGUUACUACUCUGUAAUGGUAACAGACCGGGCAGAAAGCAAACGGUUCUCGCGAAACUCUGCAGCCUUCACGGCUCUCUUAAUUUCAACAUCGGGGUUCGGUCCAGCAUGGCGGCUUACGGAUGGAAAUACUGAUGACAGUCCGAAAGAUCGCCUCGAUUUGUACGAUGGGCGCCAAUGCCUCUGCCUUGGAAAAGGAGAUCGGACCGGAACAGUUUCCCGUUAAUGAACACUACUUUGGAUUGGUCAACUUUGGAAACACCUGCUACUGUAACUCAGUGCUGCAGGCGCUGUAUUUCUGUCGGCCGUUCAGAGAGAAGGUGUUGGCGUACAAGGUGCAGCCUCGUCGUAAGGAGUCUCUCCUCACCUGCCUCUCCGACCUCUUCAACAGCAUCGCCACGCAGAAGAAGAAAGUCGGGGUUAUCCCUCCCAAGAAAUUCAUCUCCAGACUGAGAAAAGAAAAUGAGCUGUUUGAUAACUACAUGCAGCAGGACGCCCACGAGUUCCUCAACUACCUCCUCAACACCAUCGCCGACCUGCUGCAGGAGGAGAAGAGCCAGGAGAGGCAGCAGAACGGAAAACUGGUGCAGAAUGGAGGAGGAGGAGGAAGUGAGGGAGGAGGAGGAGAGGGGGAAGGAGUCAAGGAAACACAACAGACCUGGGUUCACGAGAUCUUCCAGGGAACGCUGACCAAUGAGACGCGCUGCCUCAACUGUGAAGCUGUGAGCAGUAAAGACGAGGACUUCCUGGAUCUGUCUGUAGACGUGGAGCAGAACACCUCCAUCACACACUGUCUCAGAGGCUUCAGCAACACAGAGACGUUAUGCAGUGAAUACAAAUACUACUGUGAGCAGUGUCGCAGCAAACAGGAAGCCCAGAAGAGGAUGAGGGUGAAGAAGCUCCCGAUGAUCCUCGCCCUCCACCUGAAGCGCUUCAAGUACAUGGACCAGCUGCACCGCUACACCAAGCUGUCCUAUCGGGUCGUCUUCCCUCUGGAGCUCCGCCUCUUCAACACCUCGGGGGACGCCACCAACCCCGACCGCAUGUACGACCUGGUGGCCGUCGUGGUGCACUGCGGCAGCGGUCCAAACCGCGGACACUACAUCACGAUCGUGAAGAGCCACGGCUUCUGGCUGCUGUUCGACGACGACAUCGUAGAGAAAAUCGACGCGCAGGCGAUCGAGGAGUUCUACGGUCUGACGUCGGACAUCUCCAAGAACUCAGAGUCCGGAUACAUCCUGUUCUACCAAUCCAGAGACUGAACAAGCGGGCGGUGAACCCCCUAAACGGACUGUCACUCAGCAGAAAGGGGAGGGGCUUUUGGCCGCCACAGGCUCCGCCCACAUAAGUAUCCGGAGAGCUUUUCACUGGAGCUGUGAGACGUCUGCAGGGAGCAUGCCAGCCUCCUGGAUCACAAGCGUUCAAA